AAAUGACACAUUGCUUGUGGCCCACAUGGUAGAGUGAUGAACGGUUUGAUUGAUAGUGCCGUUUUUAUUCAUUAAUUUUCGCAUAGAGCGAAUAUUUUUAUAUAAAGUGAAGUGUUAAUUUUAACUUGUUAAAUGACGUGACAGUGAUUAAAAAUGCAGUUUUACAAGGAAAGGAUUCUUAACGCUGCUCAGUUAAAAAGACUCAGUGAACACAAAUAUUCGUGUACGAGUGCUAGUAUUCUGGAUGCUUGGCUUCAACCUUGGUGGUGCUGGCUAGUUUCAAAGACGCCGCUAUGGCUUGCUCCGAAUCUCAUUACUAUUCUAGGAUUAAUAGUGAAUAUAGUUACUACUCUCAUAUUGGUCUGGUAUAGUCCAGAUGCAAGACAGGAACCGCCACAGUGGGCCUUCGCCCUCUGCGCGUUGGGAGUGUUCGUGUACCAGAGCUUGGACGCUAUUGACGGCAAGCAGGCUCGUAGAACCGGCAGCCAGUCCCCAUUAGGAGAACUCUUCGAUCACGGCUGUGACAGUAUAUCGACAGUUUUCAUCGCACUGGGGGCCUGUAUAGCUGUGAAGCUCGGGGAAUAUCCUACGUGGAUGUUCUUUCAGUGUUUCUGCGCUAUGACGUUAUUUUAUUGCGCUCAUUGGCAAGCAUACGUCACUGGUACCCUCAAAAUGGGCCGGAUUGACGUCACCGAGGCCCAGUACACAAUCAUAGGGAUCCAUCUCAUAUCAGCGACCCUCGGGCCAGACGCCUGGGCCACUAAGAUUCACGGUUUAGAUAUACCGGUACGGCUGUUCACGUGUACGUUAACGUUUUCAACGGCGUUGUACUUUGUCGUCAACUUCGCCGCCUCCUUCAGGCACAGGGGCUGUGGCAAGAACGGAUCCACUGUGGCCGGUACCAGUAUCCUGUCCCCGGUGAUACCAUUCUCAUUGGUGGUAGUGCCAGCGUUUAUCAUCUUCCAGAAGAGCGAGUCCCAGGUCUAUGAGAACCAUCCCGCCUUGUAUAUUAUAGCGUUCGGUAUGGUUACUGCUAAAGUAACAAAUCGCCUUGUGGUGGCGCAUAUGACGAAGAGCGAGAUGGAAUACUACGACUGGUCGCUCCUAGGCCCGGCCAUGCUCUUCCUCAAUCAGUACUUCAACCACGCCCUGCCCGAGUAUUACGUGCUUUGGCUUUGCACGAUAUGGGUCGUGGUUGAACUGAUCCGUUACUGUGGUCAGAUAUGUCUGGAGAUAUGUGACCACCUGCACAUCAGCCUGUUCAGGAUAACGAGACAGUCGCCGGCAACAGCGUCGCCUCACGAUAAGAACGUUUGUGUUUUUAUUACAGUGUCGAGUGAGAGCGAAAAGUCGGAGUCUGAGGACGUCGCCCCUCUUAUUAACAAUAACAGUAUUAGUUAAUGUAUAAUAGACAGUUAAAAUUUUGUAAUUGAACAUGUUUAGAGGUCAUAGACAACAUGAGUUUUGACAGAUCUAAUGACAGCAAACUUAAUGUUGCCAGUUUAUUCAUGUUGUCUAUUGCCUUCGAAAUAUGCUUUUCUAACGAAACCGUAAAGAGUUGCAACAGUAAAAAAUUCUAAAAUAAUAAUUAUAUUAAUUAAAUUGUGAUUCUUAAUGUUUUACUGAUGUAAUUAAUGCAAUAAAUUAUUUAAUAUAACUGAUACAUCACAAUAAUAUAAACCAAGGGAGACAUUUCAAAAUAAAUUUUUGAUGUUGCUGUUUU